AAUCUAUCGAUUAGUAUUACUAACUUACUAAGCGUUAAGCAUAGCAAGUUGCAAGAUUGAGUAUAGUUUUUUAAGCUGUGGUGAAAAAUAUUUACUUUUCACAUUUUUACGUCAAUACCAAUAGUUGACCAAUAGCAAUAAAGAUUAAAAGAUAACAAAUUAGCUGAUUGCAAGGUAAUUGCUGCUACUUUUGAACCUAUAAAAAAUAAAUAAAUAAAGAUGUCUACAUCACUGGAAAACUUGGAAACUCAAUUAGAGAUGUUCAUAGAAAACGUUAGACAAAUACGCAUCAUUGUCAGCGAUUUUCAACCACAGGGACAGAGCGUGUUAAAUCAAAAGAUUCAAUCAUUGGUGACUGGUCUCCAAGAAGUUGACAAGCUGAAGUCCCAAGUACACGAUAUUCUUGUUCCUACAGAAGUAUUUGACUACAUUGAUCAAGGCCGCAACCCUCAACUAUAUACAAAAGAUUGCAUAGACAAAGCUCUUGCCAAAAAUGAAGAAGUAAAAGGAAAAAUUGACUCAUAUAAAAGAUUUAAAAGCCAUCUUCUUUCUGAACUGUCAAAAACAUUCCCCAAUGAAAUUGCUAAAUACAAAGCAAUUAGGGGUGGUGAAUGAUGGAAUAGACAUACAUAUGAUAUUGUAAUGUAUUGAUUAGGGUACAGACAUACCAAUUGUAGAUUUAAUGUUUAUAUUAUAUUUUACUAGCUGCUGCCCGCGACGU